ACCAGAGGACAUAGUUUCCUAUCAUUCAAGGAAGGAGUUAAAAUGUGGUGCAUUUACAUCUGAGAAAUUGCCUAAAAAAUGUGGUGUACUUGUGAAGGGGUUAAUUAACAUUGAAGCCAGCAACAUGAAUGAGUGGCAGAGGUUAUUUUUUGAAACGCAGUCUGAAAAUGCAAAAAGAAUACCUUCAUGCCGACGAUACCAUCCAGAUAUAGUGCGUUGGGCAAUUGAAUUAUAUUCAAGGUCACCUGCAGCAUACGAUCAUUUGAAAACAACUGGUGUUCUGAUGCUACCUUCAUGCCAGACAUUAAGAAAUUAUCGAAAUCUAUCUGGAACUGCCUGUGGCAUUAAUCAGUUGGCAUUACACCAACUACAAGGAUUGGAAAGGGAAGUAGAGGCUUACAUAACUGUUGAUGAAAUGAAAGUUAAAGAAAAUUUGGUUAUGAAAAAUGGAAGGCUUAUUGGCUUUGUAGACUAUGGUGAUAGAGUGACACCUGACAAACUUGCCACCCAUAUUUGCAUGUUUUAUGUACGAUCGUUUAAAAAAGAACUUUCAAUUCCUCUGUCUUGGUGGCCCACAACCACAACUCCAGCAUUUCAGCUAACAUCAUUGUUUUGGGAAAGUGUUAUCGCGUGUGAGGUGAAUGGUGCUCAUAUCAAUGCUAUUGUGGCCGAUGGAUCUGCAAUAAACAGAAAGUUUUUUGAAAUUUUACAUGGAAAACCAUUAAGCCACAAUGAUUUGUAUUCCUGCCCAAACCCAUUUCGCAAAGAAAGGAUAUUUCUUUGCUCCGAUACAAGUCACUUGCUUAAAACUGUUCGGAAUGCACUAUAUAGCUCCAAACCCACCGGAACAAAAUAUUUAAAUUAUAAGACGAAAGACAUUUCUUGGGUUCAUCUGAAAUCUUUAUACAGCAUGGAAACAUCAUCACCACUACACAAGACAAAACUCACCAAUGUUCAUAUGCAGCUUAACCCAUUUACAAAAAUGAGAGUGGGUCUAGCAAGAGAUACUCUUAGUCGUAGAGUGGCAUAUGCUUUGGAAGAUGUUCCUGGGUCUAAGGGCACACGAGACUUUAUUUUAUUGUUUGAUAAAUGGUUCGACAUAGUAACAUGUGGUGUAAUGAACCCAAUAAGAUCCUGUAACGAUGAACGACUGAUCUGGCUGGAAAAUCAAUUUCGGAAAUAUUUGUUAGAUUGGCGGAAUGAAGUUGAUACACUGCAUCCGGGAGAAGAAAAACGAAUUAUUGCAAAACAAACGUAUGAUGGGUUAUUGUUUACUACGACAAACAUGGUUCAUCUCACAAAACAUUUGUUGCAACAUGGUAUUGAAUAUGUUUGUUUAAAAACCUUGACUCAAGAUGUCUUGGAAGCUGUAUUUGGAAACCUGAGAUCAAACAUGAGAAGAAAUACAAACCCGGAUGUUGCACAAGUGAGUUACAGUGUGUCUGCAAUCACACAAAGAAAAAUUAUUAAGAAAGUUAAAGGAGGCAACACUACAUUUGGUAAAAAAAAUGCAUGGACACAUGUAUGCCACGAUCCACUGCCAAAAGUUGCUAAAAAAAAGUAAGUUUUCCUAAAACAUCAUGCAAGAGUAUUACAGGUUACAUAGUUUCCGCAAUUCCGCUCUAAAACCACCUAAAAAUUUGGUACAUUUGGUAUUCUUCAUGUUUACAGCAUAUUUAGCAAAGUUAUGUCCCAAAACCUUAACAAACAAAUAAAUUAUAUAAUUAAAUACUUUGGUGACAUAGGCAAUAUCCAAACCACAUUCUUCACUGACUUGUUCAAUAUAGCUAAGGAACAAGGAAGAACUUUCAAUAAUGUUAAUUAUAUUAAUGAAAUUAAUUGAUUUUAAAGUUUUAGAAAUUUCUUUAUUGUGCAGAUAGUAUAUCCAUGUUAUAAAUUGUUGAAAUUGGUCUGAUGGAUGCAACAAAUGGUUUUCUCCAACUUUUAACUCCAUUUGAGAUGUAAAGGUUGAUUUUUUGUGUGGUUGAUUUUUGGUUAAACAUUCAAUAAAAUUUGGUUCAAACUUUCGUUUUGCCUUUAGCAGAAGAAAACCACCAAUAUAUUCAAGAAUAUCUGUACAUAACACACUACUAUUAAAGCAUUUUGUUAAAACUUAUAUUUUGCUGUGUUACCUGAAUCUUUUUCAUCCACCCCUAUAACCGGGUUAUCUGUUUUAUAUCUAUUUCUUCGUGUGACGCAAUAACAUCCAUCAGUUUUAUAAGAAAAUAAGCAGCUUGUUGUUGUGGCAUGCCCAAAUCAUCGGCUGCAGUUACACACCAUGUGGAAUACAUUGAAUAGAAUUUGUUCCGAUUUUUUUUAAUACUGUUGUAGUAGUCAAAAACUGUUCUUAUAAAUCCAAAUGUGCUGCUGGUUAAAAUAAAAGACACUGGUCUUUUGAAAA